AUGGUGUUACCUAAUGACUCAAACGGCAACACUCCAAGCAAAAACGACGCCUAUAUCAACACCAACACCUGUAGUGAUGAUCAGCAUGCCUCGCAGCCAUGCAUGCAGCUGGUGCGUGAACAAGACCAAUACAUGCCCAUAGCCAACGUGAUUCGUAUCAUGCGCCGCAUUCUACCGUCCCACGCAAAGAUCUCUGACGACGCCAAGGAGACAAUCCAAGAGUGCGUGUCGGAGUACAUCAGCUUCAUUACCGGGGAGGCCAACGAGCGGUGCCAGCGGGAGCAGCGGAAGACUGUCACCGCAGAGGACGUGCUUUGGGCGAUGAGCAAGCUGGGUUUCGACGACUACAUCGAGCCGCUCACUGUGUACCUCAACCGCUACCGUGAGGCGGAGAAUGAGCGCAACACUUCGCGUGGGGAUCAGCUGCUUUUUCUUAAGCGUGGGAUGGAUAUCAAUCAUGGCCCUAUUGGGAUGCCGCCGCCUUAUGGGUCUGGGUACCCUAUGGGCCAUUUCUCCGGGAUGCUUGAUGCUGCUGCCUCAAUGGGCGGCGGGUACUAUAGGGAUUUGCCUGGCGCCGGAGCCUCCUCCGCUGCCCAGAAUGCUUUGGCUGGCUUUGAUCCUUUUGUUCAGUUCAAAUGACCAGGACUAAUCCUGGGUAGCAAUUAAUCAGCUAUAAGGACUUAUUGUU